UAGAAUAUAGAAUGAAAAGGCGGGGUGAGGCAUUUCUUGAAGAAAAGCAUGAAAUUAGAGUAAUGAAAAUCCAAAUUCCCGGAGGUGGAGAUCCAAAAACAUGAUUUUAGGCUUUCAGAGCUUCAUUAAUCUUACACAUUUUGCAGUAACUCCUCUGAGUUUGAGAGCCAGAACGUUGGUUUAUCUGAAAGCUAGAACAACAGGGUCUCAAAGACUCGUUUGCUACUCAUCGGAGAUCGAAUCGUCAUCAACUCUUACUAGCAAGAAAGUUAAGAAAGAGAGUAGUUCCAUGAGUAGUAGGCCAAAUACCAAAAAGGGUGUUAUCGAGGAAAAUGCAUCCAGAACCCAAUCGAUUGAAAUUCAGAGCAUCAGGGAUGAUCCGGCUAAAGUCAAGGCAAUGACGGUCCAAGAACUGACAACAACAUUAAGGAGUGUUGGAGUCCCUGCCAAAGGCUGUAAACGAGAUCUCGUGUUGGCAUUGAAAUCGUUCCUGGACAAUAAAGCCUCUGAUGAAAGUUCUCAGGCAGAAGAACAGCUGGAAUUAAAUAUUUUGUCCAAGAGGAAGGCCAAGAAUUUAUCUGUUGAAGACCAUGAGCAAAAUGUCAACAUUGUUUCAGAUGCUUCUGGGCUUAAACAGAGUAAGAGAAGGGCAAAACAGUCUCCUGUUGAGGCUAAAAUUGAGGUCAAUACUGAAAUCAUCAAUGAAAAAGAGAAGCCAUCAAUCAAAAAUAAGGAGGCUUCAGGCAACAAGCUCUAUCAGGGGGAGAGAAAAGCAUCCUCAAGAAGUAGUAUCAAACAGAUUGCAGUUACUGAAAGAAUUGAUAUAUCUAUGAACGAACCUGAACCAUGGACUGUUCUUACCCACAAGAAGCCUCAAGAGGGCUGGAUUCCAUAUAACCCCAGGACCAUGAGGCCUCCUCCUCUUACAGGGGAUGCCAAGUUUGUAAAACUAAUGUCUUGGAAUGUUAAUGGGUUAAGAGGCUUGCUGAAAUCGAAGGGCUUCUCUGCACUGAAACUGGCACAAAGAGAAGAUUUUGAUGUUUUGUCUCUGCAAGAGACCAAACUGCAGGAGAAGGAUGUGGAAGCAAUCAAACAGAGUGUCAUAGAGGGCUAUGAGAAUAGUUUUUGGACAUGUAGUGUUUCCAAACUUGGAUAUUCUGGUACUGCAAUUAUUUCACGGAUAAAGCCACUUUCAGUCAGAUAUGGUCUAGGCAUAUCAGAUCAUGAUAGUGAAGGACGGCUCCUGACAGCAGAGUUUGAAUCUUUUUAUUUGUUAAGUGGAUAUGUUCCUAAUUCUGGAGAUGGUUUGAAAAGACUGUCAUAUAGGGUUACACAAUGGGAUUCAGCUCUUGGAAGUUAUAUGAAAGAGCUCGAAAAGUCAAAACCUGUCAUUUUGACUGGUGAUCUAAACUGUGCUCAUCAAGAGAUAGACAUUCAUGAUCCUGCUGGAAAUAGAAGAAGUGCUGGGUUUACUGACGAAGAAAGACAAUCGUUGGAGAAGAAUUUCUUAUCAAAGGGUUUUGUGGAUAGCUUUAGAAAACAACACCCUGGUGUUGUUGGCUAUACUUACUGGGGUUAUAGGAAUGGCUGCCGCAAAUCUAAUAAAGGGUGGCGGCUGGACUACUUCCUUGUCUCAGAAUCCAUAGCUGACAAGGUUCAUGACUCAUACAUCCUCCCUGACAUUGGUGGAAGUGAUCAUUGUCCAAUUGGCCUCGUUCUCAAGCUCUAGUUUUAGUUUUGCAAACAGCAGCUUGUCCAAUUGCUGAGGCGAUUUGGAUUGGAUAUUUUGGUGAUCAGCACAAAAUCACACCUUGGGAACAGAUUUUCAUGGUGAUGAGGGUAAAAACACAGAAGUCAGAUUUUAAUGGAAGACUCUUAUUUACGGUUUUGGCAUCAAUUUUUAAUUUUUCCCUGGAAAUCAUUGAAACUUGUGUAUGGGAGAAAUUAGGAGGAAUUUUGUUGAAAUUUACCUGGUCUCAAAGACCACAAGAUUUAGCUAUGGUAAUAAUCGCUGAUCAUAUUUGGGACUGGCCUCUGUAGCCACUAUUGUUUUUUGAGCCUUGCCAUGUAGUGGAAGUUGUAAGGUUAGUAGGGUACUA